GUCUCGCGAGGCUUGAGAGUAGGUGGUGUAGGUAGUUGUCCGGGAUGCUGGCGAGGUAGAUGAUAACGCCAGAGGAAGAGGAGGAGGAAAAGCGGGUUCCCUGGCUCAGUCUCUGUUUCGCUUUCCUUUCCGUUCCCGCUACCCUCCAAGUCAGCCCGCCCCCCGACCUCGGUGACCCGGCUGGCUCCGCCCACCAGCGACGUGGUUCCCGCCGUGAGGAGCCGGAGCCCCGCGGGAGAGGACGACCGGAGGGCCGGCUGAGGCCCGCGGCGAGGCGAAGUAUUUGAUGAUGCAUCACCUGGAAAGCAAAAGGAAAUCCAAGAACCAGAUCCCACCUAUGAAGAAAAAAUGCAAACUGACCGAGCAAAUAGAUUUGAGUAUUUACUGAAGCAGACGGAGCUGUUUGCACAUUUCAUUCAGCCUGCCGCUCAGAAGACGCCGACGUCCCCUCUGAAGAUGAAGCCCGGGCGCCCGCGGGUAAAGAAGGACGAGAAGCAGAACCUGCUCUCGGUCGGCGAUUACCGACACCGUAGAACAGAGCAAGAGGAGGAUGAAGAACUAUUAACAGAAAGCUCCAAAGCAACCAAUAUUUGCACUCGAUUUGAAGACUCUCCAUCGUAUGUAAAGUGGGGUAAGCUGAGGGAUUACCAGGUCCGAGGAUUGAACUGGCUCAUUUCUUUGUAUGAGAACGGCAUCAAUGGCAUCCUGGCAGAUGAAAUGGGCCUGGGAAAGACUCUUCAAACCAUUUCUCUUCUUGGGUACAUGAAACACUAUCGAAACAUUCCUGGUCCUCAUAUGGUUUUGGUUCCUAAGUCUACAUUACACAACUGGAUGAGUGAAUUCAAGAGAUGGGUACCAACCCUCAGAUCUGUUUGCUUGAUAGGAGACAAAGAACAAAGAGCUGCUUUUGUCAGAGAUGUUCUGUUACCAGGAGAAUGGGAUGUAUGUGUAACAUCUUAUGAAAUGCUUAUUAAAGAAAAGUCUGUGUUCAAAAAAUUUAACUGGAGAUACUUAGUUAUAGAUGAAGCUCACAGAAUCAAAAAUGAAAAGUCUAAGUUGUCAGAAAUAGUGCGAGAGUUCAAGACCACAAACCGACUACUGUUAACUGGAACACCUCUUCAGAACAACUUGCAUGAGCUCUGGUCACUUCUUAACUUUCUAUUGCCAGAUGUGUUUAAUUCCGCUGAUGACUUUGAUUCCUGGUUUGAUACGAACAACUGCCUUGGGGAUCAAAAGCUAGUAGAGAGGCUUCAUAUGGUUCUGCGCCCCUUCCUGCUCCGUCGAAUCAAGGCUGACGUUGAGAAGAGUUUGCCGCCGAAGAAGGAAGUGAAGAUCUAUGUGGGGCUCAGCAAGAUGCAGAGGGAAUGGUACACUCGGAUAUUAAUGAAGGACAUCGAUAUACUGAACUCCGCAGGGAAGAUGGACAAGAUGAGGUUACUGAACAUCCUAAUGCAGCUGAGGAAAUGCUGUAAUCAUCCGUACCUCUUCGAUGGAGCUGAGCCUGGUCCACCUUAUACAACAGAUAUGCAUCUAGUUACCAACAGUGGCAAAAUGGUGGUGUUAGACAAGUUGCUCCCUAAAUUAAAAGAACAAGGCUCGCGGGUGCUCAUCUUCAGCCAGAUGACGCGAGUGCUGGACAUCCUGGAAGACUACUGCAUGUGGAGAAACUACGAGUACUGUAGGUUGGAUGGGCAGACACCGCAUGAUGAGAGACAGGACUCUAUCAAUGCGUACAACGAACCAAAUAGCACAAAGUUUGUUUUCAUGUUAAGCACGCGUGCUGGUGGCCUUGGCAUCAAUCUUGCUACAGCCGAUGUAGUGAUUUUAUACGAUUCAGAUUGGAAUCCCCAAGUCGAUCUCCAGGCUAUGGACCGAGCACAUAGAAUUGGACAAACCAAGACGGUCAGAGUGUUCCGCUUUAUAACUGAUAACACCGUAGAAGAAAGAAUAGUAGAGCGUGCGGAGAUGAAACUCAGGCUGGAUUCAAUUGUCAUUCAGCAAGGGAGGCUUGUGGAUCAGAAUCUGAACAAAAUUGGGAAGGAUGAGAUGCUUCAAAUGAUUCGCCAUGGGGCAACACAUGUGUUUGCCUCAAAGGAGAGUGAGAUCACUGAUGAGGAUAUCGAUGGCAUUUUGGAGAGAGGCGCAAAGAAGACUGCUGAGAUGAAUGAAAAGCUCUCCAAAAUGGGUGAAAGCUCGCUGCGAAAUUUCACAAUGGAUACAGAGUCAAGUGUGUACAACUUUGAAGGAGAGGACUACAGAGAAAAACAAAAGAUUGCAUUCACGGAGUGGAUUGAACCCCCCAAACGAGAGAGAAAAGCUAACUAUGCUGUUGAUGCGUAUUUCAGAGAAGCCCUUCGUGUUAGUGAGCCUAAAGCCCCCAAGGCUCCUCGACCCCCAAAACAACCCAACGUUCAGGAUUUUCAGUUCUUUCCCCCACGUUUAUUUGAAUUACUGGAAAAAGAAAUUCUGUAUUACAGAAAAACUAUUGGGUACAAGGUACCUCGAAGUCCUGAUCUUCCUAAUGCGGCACAAGCGCAGAAAGAGGAACAGCUUAAAAUUGAUGAAGCGGAACCCCUUAAUGAUGAGGAGUUAGAGGAGAAGGAGAAGCUUCUGACACAGGGAUUUACCAACUGGAAUAAGAGAGACUUUAACCAGUUUAUUAAAGCUAACGAAAAGUGGGGUCGUGAUGAUAUCGAAAAUAUAGCAAGAGAAGUGGAAGGAAAAACCCCAGAAGAAGUCAUUGAGUACUCAGCUGUGUUCUGGGAAAGAUGCAACGAGCUCCAGGACAUAGAGAAGAUCAUGGCUCAGAUUGAAAGGGGAGAGGCAAGAAUUCAGAGGAGAAUAAGCAUCAAAAAAGCACUCGAUACAAAGAUUGGACGGUACAAAGCACCUUUUCAUCAGCUCCGAAUAUCAUACGGUACUAACAAAGGAAAAAAUUACACAGAAGAGGAGGAUCGCUUCCUGAUCUGCAUGCUUCACAAGCUUGGAUUUGACAAAGAAAAUGUAUACGAUGAGCUGCGACAGUGUAUCCGCAACUCUCCUCAGUUCAGAUUCGAUUGGUUCCUGAAGUCCAGAACUGCCAUGGAGCUGCAGAGAAGGUGUAACACCUUAAUUACAUUGAUUGAAAGAGAAAACAUGGAACUAGAAGAAAAGGAGAAGGCAGAGAAAAAGAAACGAGGACCAAAGCCUUCAACACAGAAGCGUAAAAUAGACGGAGCACCUGAUGGUCGAGGAAGGAAGAAGAAGCUAAAACUAUGAGUGCAUAUUUGUUUCAUAAUCACUAACUUUAAAACAGUAGUUCUUUAUUUUACGGGUCUUCAUAAGAUGUACUGUACACUGCUCAAUUGUUGUGUCAUUCAGAGACAUCAGGUUCAUCUGUUUACUGAGCUAGAGAUAUAGUAUGUACUUUCACUUUUUUUAAAUGGAACAGCUGUGCUGAAAUUUUUUUUAUCAUUAACACUUGUAAUAAAAUAGGCUUCAUUUAUUAAUAAAUGUUUCAUUUGAUUUAUUUUUCUAUUACAGUUUCAUUUGUGAAGGUUGUGACUUUUGUUUAUCAGCCGUCAUUUUUACACUCAUAAGGCUUAAAAACAAGCAAACAAGUAAAACAUUACAGACAGUUAUCCUGUCAGUCUUCAUUAGUUAUGUAAAUGUUGCGGUUCACUUUGCCUUUGCAGAAAUUUGGGUAUUUUCUUUGUAGUGCUAUUGAGUCUCAUCUGGAAAGAUUAUGUAAACUGAAUUUUCCUUGCUAUUAUAGAAUGGGGCAAAGGCAACACAAACUACGAUUUCUGUGUACACUUGUGUUAAGCUUUCUGUUUCUGUGGCUGCUUCUGAAAGGAACGUGCCCUAUUAUGUUGGAAGAAUGGCCUUUUAGUUGUAAUAGCCAAAGACAUUUAGUAUUUUCUGGUUCUUUAAAGUGUUGCACCGUUUUGUAAAAGGAAUUUUUUUUUAAGUAUGUGGUAAAUAUUUUGACAAAUAACCUUCUGAAGCAGCCACAACUUAGAAGGAUGUCAGAAGUAAAAUGAUUUUUUUUUCUUAUAGGAAGACCCAGCCAAAAUAAGGUGUGAAUUUGUCAUACUAUUAAAUUGGUAACAACUUGUACCCCUUUCCAGUUUAUAGUAUUUUUGAGUUAAUAGAAUAAAGGAAAAUUUUAUUUUAUUAUAUUUUAAAAUAAUUUCUAAAUAUUAGCAGCAAGACUGAGUAUAAUACAGUUUUUAUUUUCUAGGGAACAGACUUGAUAAACUGGAGACCCGGAAGCAGGAAUAUCCAAACUGUAGUAUCAGGAUUUUAGCUGUACCAGAAGCCUUUAUGUGCUACAUAUAAUUUGUAUAAAGUUUUAUAUGUGCAAAUUGGGUAAACAGUUCUCCAUUUUUCUAAGGGAAUGCAAUAAAUGUAGCAUCGUGAAUAAAUAUAACUUUUAUAAUCCUUAAA